AUGACCGCGUCCUCGAACCCAUCCGCGCCUCCGCCGCUGGCCAUAGUCGGCAUGUCGUGCCGCAUGCCAGGCGGCGUCCACUCCCUGGAGGAUUUCUGGUCUCUGCUGGCCAACAGCAAAGACGGAUACAAGGAAUUUCCCCAAGACCGGUUCCACUGGGAAGCGUACUACCAUCCGAACCAGGGGCGCAAGGACUCGAUCAACGUACACCAUGGCUACUUUCUCGACGGAGAUGUGAGCGAGUUUGAUGCGGGGUUUUUCAAGAUGAAUGCUAUUGAUGCUACUUCGUUUGACCCUCAAGGGCGCAUCAUACUCGAGUGCGUUUACGAGGCGCUUGAGAAUGCAGGCGUGCCCAAGGAGAGCAUAGCAGGGACGAAAGUCGGCGUCUUCUCCACGUCAAACACAUCCGACUACACGCUGGAGCUCAAAGACGAUACCCCUUCGAUGCCGUCCAUGGUCGGCGUCCUGGGCCACAACUGCAUGCUGUCCAACGUUGUGUCCAACGUGUUCGACCUGCGAGGACCCAGCGUGAGCGUCGACACAGCAUGCUCGUCUGCCUUCUACGCGCUGCAGAUGGCAGCGCAGAGCUUGCGAGCCGGCGAGACGGACAUGUGCAUCGUGUCUGGAUGCGCGCUCAACCUCUCGCCGUGGCGGUGGACCAUGCUGUCGAAUCUGACCAUGCUGCACCCAGACGGCACAACCAAGGCCCUGGACCCCAGCGCUGACUCAGGCUACGCGCGCGGAGAAGGCGCCGCGAGUAUCAUAUUGAAACCACUGGAUAAGGCGCUGCGAGACAACGACCGGAUACACUGUGUGCUGUCGCACAUUGGCGUCAACCACAAUGGCCACACCAACGGCUACACGAUGCCGGAUGCAGCCAUGCAGGCGACGCUGAUGGAGGAGCUCCAGGCUCAGAUCGAUAUCAAGCCUGACGAGUUUGGCUUCGUCGAAGCGCACGCGCCGGGCACACGUGUUGGCGACCCGAUCGAGAUCUCUGCGCUUCAAAAGGUGUUUUCGAGCGAUGCGCGCUCGCCCGAGAACCCGCUCCUGAUCGGCUCGGUAAAGGCCAACGUGGGCCAUUUGGAGUCGUCGAGCGGCUUCCCGUCGCUGAUCAAGGCAGCGUUGAUGCUGGGUAAGCGUCAGGUGGUACCCAACGCCAACUUCAAGGACGAAGCUAUGAACACAGAGCUCCGCAAGCUGAGCAUGGCGGUACCGGUAUCUACGCAAGCUUGGCCCGAGGGCAAGUCGUACAUUGCCAUCAACAACUACGGGUUCGGAGGGUCCAACGCUCACGCCAUCAUCAAGGCAGCGCCCGUAUCGGAAGCACAUGCUGACAAGGCCGACACGCCGAGCGGCGACGAGUCUUUUCUGUUCGUUCUGUCAGCCAACGACGAGCAGGCUCUUGCGAAAACCAGGGAGCAGUUGGUCGAGUUUCUCGAGUCGGAGGACGCGGCCGACGUCAAGAUACACGACCUGGCCUACACACUGGGACAGCGUAGAUCGCAGCUUAGUUGGCGCUGUGCCAUUGUUGCGUCGAAUCUGGACGACCUGUCCAUCCAGACAGCCUCACCUCGACUCGUACAACGGCGAGUCGCUCGUCAGCCCAAGAUUGCUUUUGCUUUUACCGGACAGGGUGCGCAGUACUUUGGUAUGGGCCGCGAGCUGCUUCAGUAUCCCAUGUUUUCGGCAGCGCUGGAAAUGUGCUCGGCCUGCGUUGAAUCGUUUGGCGCGAAUUUUUCCCUUUUGGAGGAGCUGUACGGCAACGAAAAAACAUCACGCAUCGACGAUGCCGACGUCAGCCAGGCGGCAUCGACGGCUAUCCAAAUUUCCAUCGUAGACCUCCUGCGCUCGUGGGGCGUCGAGCCCAUGGCUGUGGUGGGCCACUCGAGCGGCGAGGUCGCCGCCGCAUACGCCGCCGGCCUCCUUUCUCUUCCGGGGGCCAUGCGCAUCGCUUAUGCUCGCGGGCAAAUGGCCAUCAGAAUCAAGAAGGUGGAGCCGGACUUCAAAGGCGGCAUGUUGGCGGUUGCAGCUGGGUUGGAGGACGUGGUUCCCCUGUUGGACAUUGUCAUGGCAGGCAAGGUGGUGAUUGCUUGCGAGAAUUCACCCAAGUCCAUCACGGUUUCAGGUGAUGAGGCAGCACUGGAGGAGUUGGAGUCGCUCCUCGAAGAGGAUGGAUUGCCUCACAGGCGGCUGGCCGUCGACUUUCCCUACCACUCGCCCUUCCUCGAGCCGUUUGUUGACAGGUACGAGCAAGACCUGUGUGCGGUGGAUACCUUUGCCGAUACCAAACAGAAGGCUGAGUAUUUCUCAGCCAUGGCCGGUCGAAGGGUUGACGCGGCAGCCAUUCAGAAGCCAUCGUACUGGGCCAACAGCGCCAAGUUCAGGGUUCGAUUUACAUCAGCCACAACGGCUCUGUUGAAGAGCAAAACGCCACCAGACGUCAUCGUGGAGAUCGGCCCACACCCCAUGCUGACGGGGGCUGUGAAGAGCAUCUUGAAGGCGGCCGGAAAACAAGUAACGCAUACGGUGGAGACGCUGGCGAGUCUCCAGCGUGGGCAAGUUGCGCGGACGUGCAUGGUGAAGCUUGCGGAGGGACUCUUCAGUAUGGGUCAGACCAUGGACCUGGAGCAGGUCAACGUGCUAGGUGGCAAAGAGAACGGCUCCCGUCCGCGGCUCGUCGAUGGCCUCAGGCCGUAUCCGUGGACACGCAACCGCUACUGGAUUGAGUCGAGGAUUCGCGACGACGCCAUGUUGCGACGGUUCCCACGACAUGAUCUGCUAGGCUAUGCCAACAAAGGCGCAAGUGGUGAAGGAGCGUGGAGCUGGAGAAACAACUUCCAGGUCGAGGACGUGCCGUGGCUUCGGGACUAUCAAGUAGGGCCCCACACGACGUUCCCGCUGGCCGGGUACGCGUGUGCUGCGCUGGAGGCGAGCAAGCAGCGGGCCUUGGCACGUGGUGCUGAAGUGUUGACGGGAUUCACGGUGCGAGAGCUGCGCAUACUCAACAGGCUCGUGCUGGAGGAGGGUGCGCGGGUCGAGCUGAUUGCCACUCUUCACCCGCUGGCCGAGGAGGGCUACGAGGCGUUUGAGCUGUCGUCGUGGAGUGAGGGGCAGCGGACGUGGGUGCAGCACUGUCGAGCGCUUGUCCGAUGCCAUGGCGCAGAGGGGGAGGAUGUGGCGGUGGCGGUGGCGGUGCCGGCGUGUGAGGCGUGGGCCGAGGCGCGAGCAGCGUGUGGCACGCGCGUAGGCAGCCCGUUGCUCUACCAGGGCUCGGCCAAGAACGGGCCGGUGCGGACGGGGGUGUUCCGCAAUGUGCACAAUCUUCGGUUCGGAGGUGGCAAGACGACGGCUGAGGUGGUGGUGUCGGACACGGCGGCCGAGAUGCCGCUGCAGCACGAAAGCAACAUGAUCAUCCACCCCAGCACGCUCGACGGGCUGCUGCAGUGCGGAGGCUACCUUCCUUUCCUAGACGAAUCGCUUGCUCCCGUCGGCGGCAGCAGCAACGUGUGGGUGCCGGACAGGGUGCAGGAGGUGACGGUGCUUGUUGGCUCGGGAGAGAUGCAGAAGGCGGACGGGGUGCUGCGGACCGUGGCUCGCGUGGACGACCAGCACAGCGGGACCUACAGCGUCCACGGCGUUCUCGACGGCGCUGCCGACUCGCGGGUCUGGGUCCGCGGGCUGCACUUGGGCGUCGAAGAGUCGCUGGCGCCGCAGUGGCCAGCGCCCCACUACGGAUGCUACAAGCUCGACUGGCAGCCGGCGGGAGAGCUGAUGGGCAGCCAGGGCGGGCAGCCGCAGUGGCACGUCAUGGCAGCAGACGACGGGCCGCACGACGGGCCUCUGGCGGGCCUGCUGGGCCAGGAGCUGGACCAACAGCUGGGCGGCACCGUCGCGUGCGGCGGGGAACAGGGGGAGCUGCCGAGCGAGGCCAGGUGGUGCAUUGUGCUCGACGUGGGCGAGGGCCUGCUGGGCAGCCUGAGCGAGGCGGCCUUCUCGCGCAUCAAGCAGGCACUGACGACGUGUGAGGGCGUGGUCUGGGUCACGCGCGGCGCCUUUUACGAGCCCACGAGCCCCACGGCAGGCAUGGCCGUCGGUCUGCUCCGCACGAUCCGCAGCGAGAUGCAGGCGGCCGUGGCUACGCUCGACCUCGACCCGCGCACGGCUGGCGACGCGGCAGGCCAGGCGGCGCUGGUCGCACGCGUGGCCGGCCAUGUGGCGGCAUGUGGCGAGCAGAUGCACGCACAAGCCCCGGCCGAGAUGGAGUUCAGCGAGCAGCAGGGCACGCUCCUGGUCUCGCGCAUCACCCCCGACGAGCAGCUGGACGCCACCGUCCACGCUGCCACGGGCGUCGUUCCACCGCGCCCCGACGUCUUCAACGCCGACACGCGGGGCGCCUUCACGCUGCAGCGUCCAGGCAUGGCCGAGUCGCUGUACCUGCGGCGCGAGGACACGGCCGUGGCGCCGCCGCUUGCAGAGGGCGAGGUCGAGGUGCGCGUUGCCGCCGUCGCCGUGCCACUGGACGCCGACGGCACGCCGGCUGCCUUUGGUGGCGGCGGUGGCGGCGGUGGCGGCGCAAGCGUGGGGUUCAGCGGAAGCGUGGUGCGCUGUGGCUCCAGCGUCAGCCGUGUGCAGCCUGGCGACAGCGUCUUUGGCUGGGCGCACGCGGAUGCCGCCCUGGGCACCUUUGCGCGCGCGCCCGAAACAAACGUCGCGCGCACGCCCGACGCCCUCGACCAUGCCGCGGCUGCAGCCCUGCCCGCGACCUUGGCUGCCGCCCAGCUAGCCCUGGUGGACGUGGGCCGCCUCUGCCCAGGCGAGCGCGCGCUGAUCCUCGGCGCCGACUCCGCCCUCGGCCGCGCCGCUGUCCACGUCGCCAAGGCUGCCGGCGCCGACGUCUUUGCCGCCCUGGCCCCGUCGGCCUCGUCUGCCGACCGCGAGGCCGUGGCUGCCGCGGGCGUCUUGCCCGACCACAUCGUCAGCGCCCUGCAUCUGGACGCCGCUCCGCCCGCCGACCUGGUCUUCCGCCCCUCCCCCGCCGCCUUGGCCUCCACCCUCACCCCCCGCUUGGCCCCCUUUGGCCGGUUUGUCUACGCCGAAACCGCCGACACCGCCGACACCACCCACCGAGCACGCGCUACACCACGCCUCGCAGCCGGCUGCAGUGCCGCACGCGUGGAUCUGGCUCAUGUCGCCGCUACCUUGCCUCAGCGCAUCGCUGCCGUCUUGGACGCCGUGGCCGGCCUCUUCGCGCGUGGCCUCGUGAGCAGUGCACCAGCGGUACGCACUGUUGGGCUCGAACGCUUGUCCCAGGCCCUCAGCGCUCCGCACCCCAGCCCUGAUGCCGAAACGCUGGUGUUGGUGCCCACACCGGGCGAGAUGGUCAGGACGACGCCCGCCCGCCCCGCUCCGCCCACCUUUGAUCCAGCUGCUGUCUACCUGCUCAUCGGCGGCGGAGGCGGCCUCGGCCGUGUCAUUGCACAGUGGAUGGUCGACAGUGGCGCUAAACACGUUGGCUUGCUGUCUCGCAGCACCUCCAUGAGCCCAGAGGUACGCGUCUUGGUCGACAACGCCGCCACCCAGGGUGCAAACAUCUUCUUGCUGCCCUGCGAUGUCACCAACCGCGAGCAGCUACAGAAGGCAACUGACCAAUGCACUGCCGAAAGGGGUCCUAUCAAGGGUGUCAUCAACGCUGCCAUGGUGUUCAAGGGCGCCGUCUUUAGCUCGGUUUCUCAUGCCGAUUUCAUGGAUGUCGCUCAUCCCAAGGUCGCUGGAACCUGGAAUCUGCACCACGCCCUCAACAAGGCCCCGCUCGACUUCUUCGUGCUCAUCUCCUCCGUGGCCGGUGUCAUGGGCACGGCUGGACACUCUGCCUACGCAGCUGCCAACACCUUCCUCGACUCCUUUGCCAGGUACCGUAUGCGCCAGGGACUUCCAGCCUCCUCCUUGGCUCUGACCGCCGUCGUGGAUGCCGGCUACAUGGCUGAGAACACGGAGAAGCUCCAGAAGCUCAAGUACGUAGACGAGUUCGCCGGUGAGAUCCUCACCACGGCAGAUGUGCUCGCUCUCCUCGCUGCAGCUGUGAAGGGCGAGGUAGCCUCGUCCUGCCAUGGCUACGCCAUCACCGGAGCAGGCUUCGGCACGGCUCGCAAACUGCCGGCCCAUGCCAAAGACCCUCGAUUCUCUACCCUACUCUCUCACCAUGCCAAAGAACAGGCAAUCACCACAAACACGACGACUGCCACCAGCAACGAUAGCUCUCUAGCGCGCGCACUCGACCAAGCCGACGACAAAGACGAAGCGACGCGCCGCCUCCUGAAUGCUAUCCGCUCAAAGGUGGCCGAGCUGCAGCUGAUCCCCGUCGCAGACAUUUUCGAUCACCAAACCAUUGUAGAGCUUGGCCUCGACAGCUUGACCGCCAUGGAGCUCUACUCCUGGAUCGGACGCCUUUUCCGCAUGAAGUUCAGGGUCCAGGAAUAUGCUAAGCUCGACACCCUUGAAAAGAUUGCAGACUGUGUCAUGGCCAAGAGGGAGGCUGUCGAGGCUCCAUGA